AUGCUCUUCGAGGAGGCGCUCCAACUAGUCGGGGACUUUGGCGUGUUCCAGUACCUGCUCAUCGUCUACCUCUGCGUCUUCGUGGCCCCUCUGCGAGUGCUGCCGUUGUUCGCGCACAUCUUCAGCCUGCUCGAGCCCCCUCACUGGUGUCGCAAUCCGUUCCUAGAGGGCUUCAACUUCACCCGCGAUGAGAUUAGGAACAUGAGCAUUCCGAAGAUGGCGGACGGCGCGUGGAGCAAGUGCACCAUGUACAACUUGAACUGGACGGACGUGGCGUCGUCGCUGUCGCCCGGCGGGCCGGGACUGGGCCAGCCUCAAGACUCCUGGCCUACGGUCCCGUGCGAGUAUGGCUGGGAGUACGAUCACUCGGUCAUCUAUCCAACGGUAGUGUCUGAGAUGGACUGGGUGUGCGGCAGCACCUGGAAGGCCUACGUGUCAAACUCGGUCUUCUUCGGCUGCAUGUCCUUCGGAGUGAUUACCUUCGGCGCCAUCAGCGACAAAGUUGGGCGCGUGCCGGUGAUGGUGCUCGUGUACAUCCUUGCAGGCGCAGGAGCAGUUGUUACCUAUUUCUCCAACAACUUCGCGGUUUUCGUCGUGACCCGAGCCAUCGAAGGAGCGGUGCUAUUGUCCAUCAGCAUCAUACCCUUCGUGCUUGCGGUGGAGUACGUGCCUGCCCAGAAGCGGAUGCUGGUGCUGAGCGCCUUCCGGUUCGCGUACCCGCUGCUGGGAGUGUGCAUGCCGUGGGUGGCUUACGCCGUGGGCCACUGGCGCCUCCUCAACGCUGUCGUUGUCGUCCCCUGCAUUCUUGGGCCACUCAUGUCCUGGUUUAUUCCUGAAUCAACGCGAUGGCUAAUCGCCAAGGGAAGUAUCAAAAGAACCAAGAAGAUUCUUCAGUGGAUAGCAAAAGUGAAUGGCAAGCAAGUGGACCCGGAUGCCUUCGAUUCUCUUCAGUUCCCGGACAAGAGCGAUGGAAUGAAGAAAACGAGUACCAUGGACGUCUUUCGUUUUCCGACUCUCCGAAGGAACUUCCUCAUCACACUCUUCUUGUGGUUGCUCUCGUGCCUGACGUACUCGGCGGGCCAGCUGUACGCGGCCACGGCGACGGACGACCCGUUCGUCAUGACGUCAACCACCAACGCCAUGGACAUCUUGGCCACGGGGCUGGCGCUGCCUCUGGCUGACCGCUGGGGACGGCGGCCCAGCAUGAUGGCCGCCUACACCCUGGCGGCGCUCUGCUACCUCGGCGUGGCUGCCUGCUACGGCAAGUCAGUCGCCAUCUUUGCUGUGAUGAUGGUGGGCCGCUUCGCUCUGACCACGGCCUACAACGUCGGAUACCUGUAUGCUGCCGAGAUUUACCCAACCGAGAUACGUUCUCAAGCCCUCUCCAUACGCCAAGCUUUCGGAUCUCUGGGGAAAUUUCUUAGUUCUCAAGUAGUUCAAUUGGCCUUUUACGGCAAGUUCCUGCCCCUGUUCAUCCUGGGUGGCAUGUCCUGCGUGUCGUCGCUGCUGACGUUCCCGCUGCCCGAGACGAACAACCAGAGACUUCCCGAAACGCUCGAAGAAGGCGAGGACAUGCGCAAGCUGCCCAAGCCGUGGUUCCCCUGCCUCGUCAAGGAGACGGCCAGGGAGAGGCGAGGCACGGGGACUCGUGGCCGCAGCAUGUCCACCCUCUCGGCUGCCACCAUCGACAGCAGCUUUCGGCAUGGCAGAAAAUGCAAAGUAAACAACCCCUUACCAAACCUGAACAAUACACGUACACUCCACAUAUGA